AAGAUGAAGCUCAACAUCUCCUACCCGGCCAAUGGGUCUCAGAAGAUCAUCGAGAUCGACGAUGAGCGCAAGCUCCGUCCCUUCAUGGAGAAGCGCAUGGGAACCGAAGUCCCCGGCGACUCCCUCGGUGACGAAUUCAAGGGUUACCUCCUCAAGAUCACCGGUGGUAACGACAAGCAAGGUUUCCCCAUGAAGCAGGGUGUUCUCCUUCCUACCCGUACCCGCCUCCUCCUCGCUGAGGGCCACAGCUGCUACCGCCCCCGCCGCACCGGUGAGCGCAAGCGCAAGAGUGUCCGUGGUGCCAUCACCGGUCAGGAUCUCGCCGUCCUUGCCCUGAGCAUUGUCAAGCAGGGUGAGGGUGAGCUCCCCGGUCUCACCGACACCGUUGUCCCCAAGCGCCUCGGCCCCAAGCGUGCCACCAAGAUCCGUCGUUUCUUCGGUCUCGACAAGAAGGAUGAUGUCCGCAAGUUCGUCAUCCGCCGUACCGUCACCCGUGAGGGCAAGGCCGACUACACCAAGGCCCCCAAGAUCCAGCGUCUGGUCACUCCCCAGCGUCUCCAGCGCAAGCGCCAAAGGGUUGCCCUUAAGCGCCGCCGCGCUGAGGCUGCUCGCGAUGCUGCUAACGACUACGCCAAGCUCCUCGCCAGCCGUGUCCACGAGGAGAAGGCCAAGCGUGACGAGCUCCGCAAGCGCAGAGCCUCUUCGAUGAGAAAGUAAAUGUUUUUCGUCCACGGGGAAUAAUGGUCGGGGCUGUGUCGUCUCUGUUCUAGUGCAUGUUAGAGACUUGCAGCGGGGAAGAAAGUAUAGGAAAGGAAAUCUCAGCAACGGGAAGGGGGUUUCCUUCCCUCUCUUUCAUUCUCUCUCUCUCUUCCGCAUCCUAUCUUGCACUCCGUAGCAGGGGAAACGAACGUAGUCCACGACUUCCUUGACGGAAGGAAAAUCUAGAGAGGAGAAAAGGUUGGGGGACGGAGGAGAUUAUGGGCGUCUGCGGGACCAAGACUUUGGCG